GUUGUUUCGGAGGGGGACAGACGCCCUUCAGCGGUCGCGGCCGCGGACGCGCGCGCACCGCUGGAGGCAGUCGAGCUGCAGACCGGCGGCUUGUUUUAAGGAACUCUGGCUCGUGUCAGCGACAGUAGAGGAGAGCUGGGUGGGCAUCGCACGUGAGCCAAGUCUGCAGAGGCACAACGCUCAGCGGCGCAAAGUGGAGGAUAUGCGUGCGACAGCGGCGGCUCGGCGCGCGUCGGGGACCUGACACAGGUGAACGACACAGAGCACCGCCGCACAUUCUCCUCCUCACGUGCCCGUCUCCCCACCUCUUCUCAUCGCGGGGCGAGUGAGGAGACGGCGAUCCGGCAGCCGUAGUCUUCCUCCCGUCUGACAGGCGUCCAGGCGCAGGAAGAGGAGCCGCCGCCGCUGUUUAAUGAAGUGUCCGACUACCGACUAAACGCCGACCGACGUGACGGCUCCACAGCGAGCGGGCCGCCGCGGAGAGGACACCAUGUCAAAAGAGACGAGAGGAAAAGGUCCGUCACGGAAGCACAGCGCCACACAUUGGUGUCUGCAAAAUAUCGCACAGGAAUCUGUGGACAGUUCUGACGAGGAGUUCUUCGAUGCUAGAGCAGAUGUUAUGGAGGGGAAGAGCGCUAUUCUGCUGGGCAUGAGUCAGUGGAACUCCAACGACCUGGUGGAGCAGAUCGAAACUCUGGGACACAUGGAGGACCAGUCGCAUGAGGGUCUCUACCAGCUGGGAGGACCACGUUGUGCCCCUCAGAGCAGCAUCGAAGGACUGGAAGAUGCUGAGAGCAAAUGCAAGACCCAUGUGCUUCUGCUGGUGGUGCACGGUGGAAACAUCCUGGACACCGCGGGGGGAGACCCCGGCACGAAGGCAGGCGACGUGGCCACUCUGGCCUCGGUGCUGGAGAAGGUGACGCGGGCCCACUUCCAGGCCGCCGCGGAGCACGUGGUGAUCAAGCUGGUGCCGUGUCCGGCCGUGUGCGCCGAAGCCUUCUCGCUGGUGUCCAACCUGAACCCGUACAGCUAUGAUGAGAGCUGCGUGUCCAGCAGCGUGGACCACUUGCCCCUGGCCGCCCUCCCGCUCCUGGCCAUCGUCUCGCCACGGUACCAGGACGCCGUGGCAACAGUGAUCGCCCGAGCCAACCAGGUGUACCACAGCUUCCUGCAGUCGGAGGACGGCCAGGGAUUCACCGGUCAGGUUUGCCUGAUGGGCGACUGUGUGGGAGGCGUGCUGUGCUUCGACGCUCUGUGCUUCAGCAACCACCAGAGGCCCGGCAGCCCCAACAACAGCAGCAGGAACAACAGCACCGAGAGCCUGAAGGACAGCCCGGGUCUGCUGGGCGAGUCCAGCCCCGGCCUGAGCUCCAGCAAGAGGCUGAGUAAGAGCAACAUCGACAUCUCCGCCCCCAACGAGGGCCACGGGCCGGGCGGCCCAUCGCUCAGCCGCAAGCAGAGCGACUCCUGCGACGGAGACACCUCCACCGGCCAACACAGCUUCUUCUCCAGUUUGAUGAAGGAAAGUGGAGAGGUGCGUGGCGGCAGCAGCACCAGUCUGGUGUUGAACCCCGGCCGAUUCGACUUUGAGGUGUCAGACUGCUUCCUGCUGGGAUGUCCGCUGGGCCUGGUGCUGGCCAUGAGACGCACUGUGCUGCCUGCGGUUCAGGUGAGCCAACUCCAUCCCGCCUGCUCUCAGAUCUUCAACCUCUUCUACCCUUCGGACCCCUCUGCCUCCAGACUGGAGCCGCUGCUGCAGCCGCUCUUUCACAAGCUGCCGCCGUUCGCGGUUCCCCGUUACCAGCGCUACCCUCUAGGAGACGGACGCACGGUGCUCAUAGCUGAAAGCAUCCAGAGCCAUCCCAGCGUGUUUUUGGAAAGCGAGCAAGCUCACCGAGGGCCGGCGUCGCAGCAGCCCACCGAGGCCCAGGGCGAGGACGGAGGGAGAGACGAGGGGGGGCGCAGAGCCAGCGUGACCAGCGUGGAGAGCCAGAUGUCCAUGUGCUCCAUGGGCCAGCUGGGCAACACCAUCAGCAACAUUUCUAGCACAUGGUGGGGCUCCAAGAGGCUGGACUACGCCCUGUACUGCCCCGACGUGCUGACCGCCUUCCCAACGGUGGCGCUGCCCCACCUGUUCCACGCCUCCUACUGGGAGUCCACCGACGUAGCAGCCCUGGUUCUCCGACAGCUCAUGCGAUGUGACUGCGUGAAGACCCAGGAGGCGGACAGCCUGGACUCGGCGCCGUUCUCGCCUUCCAGCCCGCGAGAAAAAUGGCUCCGGAGGAGGACGCAUGUUAAACUGAGGAAUGUCACAGCGAACCAUAGGGUAAAUGACGUCAUCGCCACUGAGGAUGGACCCCAGACGCUGGUUGGUCGCUUCAUGUACGGACCCUUGGAUAUGGUCACGUUGACUGGAGAAAAGGUGGACAUCUUGUUGAUGACUCAACCUCAGUCUGGCCGUUGGGUGCACUUUGACACAGAGGUAACCAACAGCAGCGGGAGAGUCACAUAUACCAUACCCAAGAGCAAGAAACUUGGACUGGGAGUCUAUCCAAUUAAAAUGGUCGUCAAGGGGGAUCAAACGAGUGCAGAGGCCUACCUGACUGUGUUGCCACGGGGAAUGGAGUGCGUAGUCUUCAGCAUCGAUGGCUCCUUUGCUGCCAGCGUGUCAAUUAUGGGCAGUGACCCAAAGGUCCGCCCCGGAGCUGUUGAUGUCGUCAGACACUGGCAGGACCUGGGGUAUUUGAUCAUCUACAUCACAGGUCGUCCUGAUAUGCAGAAGCAGCGUGUGGUAUCUUGGCUGUCUCAGCACAAUUUUCCCCACGGCAUGAUCUUCUUCUCCGAGGGCCUGGUUCAUGAUCCCCUGCGACAAAAGACCAUCUUUCUUAGAAACCUGAUCCAGGAGUGUCACAUCAAGAUUAAUUCUGCUUAUGGCUCAAUGAAGGACAUUUCUGUUUACAACAUGCUUGGCCUGGGCCCCUCCCAGAUAUAUAUUGUUGGCAGACCGUCUAAGAAGUACCAAAAUCAGUGCCAGUUUCUGAGUGAGGGCUAUGCGGCUCACCUCUCCACCCUUCAAUUUGGGCACAGAGCCAGACCAAAGAAAUCCCCUUCGGUCAGAAUGGUGCUGAGAAAAGGCUCGUUUGGUCUCUCAGCAAAACCCGAUUUCCUGUGUAAGCGCACCCACCUUCGCAGAACCAUGUCUGUUCAACAACCCGACCCGCCAUGCACCCCCAACCCGAAGCCUGAGCGAGCCCAGAGCCAGCCAGAGUCGGAUAAGGACCACGGAGGGGGCGCGGGUGGUGGAGUUGGACAAGGUGCAUGGGGCCGGGCUUCCAUACAUCGUGGAGACACGACUCCCUGAUGUCAGAGACAAAUGGAACACUUGAAAGAGGACGAGUGAUCGUCAAAGGGGAGUUAGUAGUGUCCAGGACCAAGGUUUACUUCCCCCUACUGUCCCUGUACUGUACAUUGGAUCCUCCUUGGCUUCACGUCCCGCUUGGCCCUGUACACUUUUCUACAUCACCUGUUAGGCCCGUUUUAUUCUUGACCUGCUCGGUGAAUAAUGUCUUAGUGCCUGAAACUGUAAGCAGACACCAGAGAUGCUUAUGUUUCUUGUGAAUGUCCGUGUCCAGUUAAAAUUGUCUAAUAGUAACAUUUUCAAGAAUGUAACAUCGUAAAUAUGCACUUCUUCACAAAACAAAGACAUGCACAUGCUUUAUGGGACUGAAGGACUGUGAUGAUUUGGAACUGGCUGAGGCUUGAGCUCAGCAGACACUGCCCGACUCCAUCAUUGAUGUAAAUACGCAUCACACCUCUCUUUACGGAAUUCUGGACACAGAAGCGAUGUGACAUUUAGUUGUAGCCUGUGAACCGGAGCCUAAAUCAGCAGACCCUUGCUGACUGCCGGCCUCUCCCACUGUCAGAUGCCUCCUUCACGUGGUCGGCUUCCCAUUCCCGCCCCCUUCCCCUGCCUUCAACAAGUCAGGCAGAACAUGCCCGUCGACAGCUGCCUCAGCCGGACCCGGACCCCGAGGUCGCAUUUUGCACUACUGGAGUACAUGCAGAGGGUUGGACCUAGCUGCAGCGCUUGCUUUCAGAGAACAAAGUGUUGUAUUUGUAUCUUACUGUAUUUCUAGUCUUUGUUUUUACCUGCAGAUUGUGAUUGUUGCUGCUGGUUGGUUAAUUAAUACUGUAGAAGGAACAAAAAAAAUCAAGAUCCAAGCCUUGAAAAACUUUACUGUCACUGUCAUUUGUUGAAAAGUGUUAAUUUGACCAAAAAGAUGUUUACAAAUUAAAGGACACGGCUGAUAAACGUGAGUAGAUUAGUGUAACAUGUUCAUCUAACUAAUUAUAGCAACUGUGUAAUUAGCAUUACUGGCAACAUUAGUUUAGAUGCUCAUUAGCUGCAGUGGAUUGGAGAACGCUGUGCCGUGGACCCCCUGGCUCUGAUGCUGUCUUAGCACAUGAGGCUAAAGCGAGUCCUUUAAAACUCUGUGCAAGUCAGACAUAUUUUUCUAUGAGCAAAUAUUGUAAAUAGGAAUAUUUUCAGUUUAGGUUUUUGAACCUUUUGUCGUUUGACUUGUCGAAUGGUUGAUUUUUGCCUUAAAAAUGUACUUGAUGAAUUUUAGACAUGAAAAUAAUUUGACCAAAGUACUACUGUUACUUCAUGAUAAAGUACUUUUCAUGUUGGUAUUUUGGUUUGAUAUGUCUUAGAUGCUGUAUAUACAGUACGUGUGUGUGUGAGUGAGUAUGUAUGUGUGUGGACGUUCAGCUAUUUGUUGUACAGUUACCUUUACCCUGAACAUAAGGACGAUGAUUAUGAGUUAGGUCUGAAGGAGUGUGUUGCAGGAUGACGUGCUCAAGGGUUUUAUAGCAGCUACUGGAUGAAAGGAGCGGAUUGUUUCUCGGGUGCCUUGGUUUGAGUGAAACUCUGCCUAUCGGAGUGUGGGCCACGAGGGAGCGCUCAUCCUGUAGGUGGUGUGGUAAUUAGCUGUCCCACUAGUGCUACUGUAAGCGUGUACGACUCUCUGUGGUGCAGCCCCUGGUGCUGCAUUGGGCCAAUUAGCAUCACCUUGUAAUUGUAUACUAUUGUAGAAACAAUACUGAAAUCCUUCAAUAUAUUUUGUUUUUGUGCUGCUAUCGGAAAACAUUUUUCCAAGCUAUGAAAAAUAAAAAAAUCAUUACUGUCGACAGAAUAAUCCGAGUGACUCCAUCCGGUUGUGUAAUACAUUGUGGAAGUCUCGCAUCAUGAUGAUGCACAAACCGAGCUGAGCAGCAUUUUAGUUCUACUAGUGUUAGUAAAUGGCAAAUAAUCAUCUGACGGUAAAAUGGUGAUUGUUCUGUGCAUGUUAAUUGUUCGAUGUUAAUAAUAAACAAUGUUUGUGGAGCUCCUUAACAAAAAAUGAUUGAUAUUAAUAAAAUUCACAACGCUACUACAGAACAAGAGGAAAUGAAGAAUGUCAAAUUAUAUAUGGUAAUAAAUGUUACAAUUAACUCUAAUAUGCAGCUUAUUCCUUAUUAUGUCGUCAAAUUAUUAGUAUUCAAUGAAUUAUGACUUAACUGUUGCCAUUUAUUUAUUGCCAACUAAUUUGCCAUUUAUUAACAAUUCUCACCACUUAAAUAAAACUCACGGUGUGAUUUUUUCAAAUUUGCUGAUUUGUUUUUUCUGUGCACCGAUAUUUCACCUUUUGACCAACGAGACAAACGUCCAAAUGCGGUCCUGAAAAACCAUUUGUUUUGUACAAAUCUCCUACGAUGAUGAAAAUUCUAUUGUGUAUAUCUCAAUUUGUCUUUGAUUAUUCGGAAAAUAAAAUAAGUUUAUUAUUGCUUCAA